AUGGACGAAAACAGCGGAACAAGAGGCCAGGAGGGGCAGGUAAACCCUGCGGACACAGCCCAAGUGCAAGGCGGCAGAAGCACUGAUCCUUUGGCCAAGGGCGAGCAUACUCUGACUGCUCAUAAAGAUUACCCCCAGAGCGAGACCGGGCUACACUACGUAACCGGUACAUCGACCCCUACAGCACGCAGAAGUGUACAGUUUGCCCGGCCAGAGGGCGAGAACGAUGUGCCUGUACACUCCUACUCCCGAACACCUUCCGUACUCACAGCUGAUGAGGAUACCGCGCCGAAACGUGGGCACUUUCAAUUCAUGUCCAAGCUAAGGGCCUUCGCCGCAGCUCCUUCCAACUCUCGUUCAGCUGGCCCGGCUUCGCCAGUAGAGGGGCCGUCCCACGAGAGGACCAUGUCCGAUGGCGCGGGGCUGGCGUCUGACCUGGCAGACUUUCGAUUUCCAAGGGUAGACGAUGGAGGUGGUGGAAGCGACGCGGACGCGGAUGUUGAAUCUAGUUCAGAAGCAGGAUUUGGGGUGCGAAUGAAGAGGAAGAAGCGCAAGACAAAGAGACCGCCAAUGGACCUCUCUCAAACUGCUCCGUCUACCCCGAAAUCAACCUUGUCGGCUGCAAACUCGCUCAACCCCAUCAAUGACCCCCAAUCUGCCAACACCGUCCCGCUGACCUCGCCAAUUCAUCAUCUGCGAGAAGGUGUCUCUGAAGACGAGGGGAGAGAUAGGUUGAACCGGGACAACAUGUGGCGCAGAAGAAGCAAUUGGUUACAGAGCACGCGCGGACGGAGCACCACUGGCCAACGGACCGAUGGACACACGUCCCAAGAUGAGAGACGUCCAACAAAUCUACGGCGUCUCACAGGCUUCGGCGGCACCUCUGACCAUGGAGAUGGCAUCAGCGGAGCCUGGCGACGCCAUAAAGCUGAGCGUGGUUCGAGCCUUAGUGCGCAGAAAUGGAGACAGAUUAAAGCCGGCUUCAAGAUGAUCGGUCAGCGCAAGAGAGCUGAAACUAAUACGGUUGACCACGUAAAGUCUGCCGAACUGCUCGCCGAACUGACUUCAGGUGUGCCCGCUGCCUUGUUAUUAGCCAGUAUGUUUCAAAGAGACGAACAUGGAAGUAGGCGCAUUCCUAUCCUCCUUGAACAGCUCAAGGUCCAUGUAACGGACAGCGAGUUUGAUUCCCACUCGGGCGACCGUCACCUUGUUUUCCGCAUUGAGCUUGAGUAUGGCAACGGCGUGACCCGUAUGAAAUGGAUAAUUCAUAGGACACUCAAAGACUUUGCCAACCUGCAUUUAAAAUAUAAACUUCAGAUUGGCACACAGAGAUACAUCCAGCUACGAAGUCAUGACUCCGGGAACCAGUUACCGCAUUUCCCAAAGAGUGCUUUUCCAUAUAUGCGAGGUGUCCGUGGCCUUGAAAGCGACGUUGAAGAUGAGGAGGACGAAGCCGCAGAAGAUACCGCUGCCGACGCAACUAGUGGAAAUGAACGAUCAAGGAAGAAGAAACGCAGGUCAUCAGUUGGCCUUAUCAGGAGACGAUCCAGUUUAGCCUCACGGCUCGAAGCCCCUGCCAAUUCUGAUAGAGCUGUAGACGGUUCGGCGCCCAAUAUGAUCAAAAAGGAUACUUACCCCGAAAGACAGCGGAAGAAGCUAGAAUCGUAUUUGCAAAAGAUGAUACGCUUCUUAAUUUUCCGGCCAGAUAGUAACCGUCUCUGCAAGUUCCUUGAACUCUCCGCCCUUGGCGUCCGUCUUGCGGCUGAAGGAAGCUAUCACGGCAAGGAAGGGUACUUGGUAAUCCAGUCCUCGAAAGGGUUGGAUUUCAGGAAGGCCCUAAGCCCGUCCCUAGUGAAAUCGCGCCAUUCUCCCAAGUGGUUCUUGGUUCGACAUAGCUACAUAGUCUGUGUCGACUCGCCAGAGGAAAUGCACAUUUAUGACGUCUUCCUAGUCGACUCCUAUUUCCAGAUUCAAGCUCAGAAGGUCCGACUGCGAGAUCAGAAUCCCAAGGAGUUAGCUAAAUCUGCGAAAGAGUCUGCGAAGCACCCCCAACACCACACGCUAAAACUCCAGAAUUCAGAACGCAGAAUGCGGCUGCUUGCUAGGAAUGAACGACAGCUUCGCCAAUUUGAAGAAUCUAUUCGUUUAAUGAUAGACACAACCCCAUGGGCUAAACCAAACCGAUUUGAUAGUUUUGCUCCAGUGCGGCCAAACUGUUUCGCACAAUGGCUGGUAGACGGACGUGACUAUAUGUGGGUAGUUUCUCGAGCAAUUAGCCAGGCAAAGGAUGUUAUAUACAUUCACGAUUGGUGGCUAAGCCCUGAACUCUACAUGCGGCGUCCUGCUGCUAUCAGUCAGAAAUGGCGUCUCGACCGUCUACUUCAACGCAAGGCGCAAGAGGGUGUCAAGGUAUUCGUUAUCAUGUAUCGAAACAUCAACUCCGCCAUCCCUAUCGAUUCUGAAUAUUCAAAAUUCUCCCUUCUAGACCUACACCCCAACGUCUUCGUUCAACGGUCUCCAAAUCAGUUCAGGCAGAACACAUUCUUUUGGGCCCAUCACGAGAAGCUUUGCAUUGUUGAUCAUACGUUGGCGUUUGUUGGUGGGAUUGAUCUAUGUUUUGGCCGAUGGGAUACACCGCAACAUCUAAUGACAGACGAUAAGCUUACUGGGUUCGAGAUGACAGACUCCCCCAAAGAUGCGGAUCAUUGUCAGCUAUGGCCAGGCAAAGAUUAUUCGAAUCCGCGGGUUCAAGAUUUCUAUGACCUGGAUAAGCCUUAUGAAGAGAUGUAUGACCGUGAGGUUGUUCCACGCAUGCCAUGGCAUGAUAUAUCUAUGCAUGUAGUAGGACAACCAGCUCGAGAUCUUACCCGCCACUUCGUCCAAAGAUGGAACUACAUUCUUCGUCAGCGCAAGCCUACGCGACCGACUCCGUUCCUUCUGCCGCCACCAGACUUUAAUCCUGCUGACCUUGAAGCCCUGGGUCUAGAUGGGACGUGCGAAAUCCAAAUUGUGCGAUCAAGCAGCAUGUGGUCUACGGGUACUCCCGAUGUUGUCGAAUGCAGCAUAAUGAAUGCGUACGUCAAAAUGAUCGAGAAGUCUGAUCAUUUCGUUUACAUCGAGAAUCAAUUUUUCAUCAGCAGUUGCGAAAUUGAAGGGAAGAAGAUAGAAAACCAUAUAGGCGAUGCACUGGUGGAGAGAAUUAUUCGUGCCGCUGAUAAUGAUGAGGCAUGGCGCGCAGUGAUUUUGAUACCACUUAUGCCUGGUUUCCAGAACACGGUAGAUACGGAGGGCGGUACUAGCGUGAGGUUGAUCAUGCAGUGCCAGUACAGAAGUAUUUGUCGCGGUGAAACUUCCAUUUUCGGUCGUCUACGUGCUCGUGGCAUCGAGCCUGAGGAUUAUAUUCAAUUCUUCAGUCUGAGGUCAUGGGGUAGAAUCGGACCGAGAAAGAGCCUAGUCACAGAACAGCUAUACAUCCACGCGAAAUGCAUGGUUGUUGAUGACCGGGUUGCCAUUAUCGGUUCAGCGAACAUCAAUGAACGCUCUAUGCUUGGUUCAAGAGAUUCAGAAUGUGCUGCUGUUGUUCGAGAUGCCGACCUGAUUCAGUCCAGUAUGAAUGGAAAACCGUACCUCGUUGGGCGUUUCCCACAUACACUUCGAAUGCGGCUGAUGAGAGAGCAUCUAGGCUUCGAUGUUGAUGAAAUUGUGGAAGAGGCGGCAUUGGUGCCUGAGGAAGACAAUAUAGACAGCAACAUCGCGCAGCGGCCUGACAUUGCAGUGCGCAAGGAAGCAGGCACCGCUGACGGCGAAAAUCAGCUUGACAAAGAAGACUUAGAGCGGAAGCAGAAACUUCAGGAGGAAUUCCUGGCUAGGUCCGAAGACAUGCAUAGUUUCAAUCACGAUGUCGAUUGGGAGCAGGCCGGGAAUCCAAAUCUUAAAUCGAAUAGAAAACUCACUGCGGACGCUAGGGUGACUAGAAAUGAAGAUCAUCGCAAGGACUUGGAGGGUCUUGGAGUGGAUCAGAUGAAACGAAAUGGAGAAGCCGCUGGCAUUACCGGCCGUGAUACGUUCAUCGAUAAGGACAGUGUUGAGGUCUUGGUCGGGGGUAAGGGCAAGAGCCAUCCGACUUUAUCUACAGUACCGUGCGAUGAUAUAUCCGAGGCCCAGGGCUCUGCUACCCAUACCAGACAGCCAACUGCCCCGGGUACCCCAGAGACCCGCGCAAGGAGCGUUUCUAUCGUCUCUAGCCCUCGAAUGACAGGGCAGAAUCGACCAGCUGUAACCAGCACUGCCGAUGAUCACAUCCAGCAUCUCUCCCUAGACGCCACACAGCCUAAGACCACCUCACACCCUCUAUCGGACGAAGUGAAGCGACCCAUUCUCGACAAAGAUUGCAUGAAAGACCCGUUGCUUGACUCCUUUUACCUGGACACCUGGCAGGCAAUCGCAGAAAACAACACGAAACUUUUCAGGACCGUUUUUCGUUGCAUGCCAGAUAGUGAGGUCAAGUCAUGGAAAGAAUAUAAGGAAUAUGACGGAUAUGCCGAACGAUUUGCCGACAUGCAAAACAACUGUCAUCAUCCCUCUGCACCAUCUAAUGCAUGCCCUCGAAAUGGCCCUCCAGGUGCAACUACUGCUGCUCCCACUGCUCCCACAGGCGGCAAGCUUGGUGCAGAGAUUGGGAAUGCGUUUGAGGACGUGAAGGAGAAAAUUGCAAACAACUCAGAGAAAGACGCGCAUGCAAACCUGCACCAGUGGGCUGUGGAAGCCAACAAAGCACAGCUUGAACGUCAACAGGAAGAAUUAGCCAGCGUCGAGAAAUUAACUUCAAAUCCCGAUACUCCCGCGCCUGUCGGCAAUAAUGUCGACACAAGAUCCUCUAAUUCUAGUCGUGUUGCAGAUCCUUCCACAACUGCUACUGCCCCAGAAAAAUAUCUUGAGCUGCCACGGUCUGCUCAAUCUGAAGCGCCCACCGCUGCCAGUAUUGGCCUGUCACAGCGACGUAGGCGAAGAGCAACUACCCGCAGUUCCAGGAAAGAGUUCCAUGCGGUGGACGAUAUCAUUGAAAUGCACGAAGCAGGUGAACUACUUAACUUGGUGCAGGGUCACUUGGUCCUCUGGCCGUAUGAAUGGUUGGAACGUGAAGAGCAGGGAGGUAAUUGGUUGUAUACGCUCGACCAAAUCUCCCCUCUAGAAAUAUAUAAUUGA